ACAACUUUUGAUGGAAAAUACAUUUGUUGUUUCUUUGACCCACAGACGAGGAAGAAAAGUUUUGUGAUUAAUUUGUGACUCAUCUUGUAUUACCAAGGCAAUUAAAAUAGUCUUAAUAUACUUUUUUGAAAUUUGGUGCUUAUUAAAUAGUACAUUAGAAAUUGUAAAAAAGGCUUAAGCCUGUGUUUUUUGUACACUUUCAUAUAAAACAUCAAGCUGGGGAACGAAAUGUCUUCGUCUGCAAUGGAGAAGCACUUAUUUAAUUUAAAAUUUGCUGUAAAAGAGUUAGAGAGAAAUUCAAAGAAAUGUGAAAAAGAGGAAAAGUUAGAGAAGGAGAAAGCCAAGAAGGCUAUACAGAAGGGGAAUAUGGAGGUGGCACGGAUACACGCCGAGAAUGCAAUACGACAGAAGAACCAAGCCAUUAACUAUUUAAGAAUGUCAGCAAGAGUUGAUGCAGUGUCUAGCAGAGUGCAGACCGCCCUCACCACAAGAAAGGUCACAAAUUCAAUGGCUGGUGUCGUAAAAGCAAUGGAUGCAGCUAUGAAGUCUAUGAAUCUGGAGAAGAUAUCAACUCUUAUGGAUAAAUUUGAGAGUCAAUUUGAGGAUCUUGAUGUACAAUCUUCGUACAUGGAGAAUGCAAUGUCACAAACUACUACGACUACUGUUCCUCAAGGCGAUGUUGACAAUCUGUUACAACAGGUGGCUGAUGAGGCUGGCCUGGAAUUGAACAUGGAACUGCCUUCUGGUGUACCGAGCACAUCUGUGGGUGCCUCGACGGUCGUCUCACAGGAACAAGACGAACUCACGCAAAGAUUGGCGCGACUACGACAGGCCGAAUAACGUUAAUGAUGUACAGAUAUAUAUAUAAGUUUAUGUGCUUACUCGUGAACUGGCGACAGCGAAUCUCACAUAUUAACAAUUUGUAACACUUUGAGAGCAACCUACCGUCAAUUAAAGCGAGUAUUAUUUAAACAUUGGUAGCCCGCUCCGCUCUUCUUGAUCCGAGCCCAGUGGCGUGCACCCCAUACAUGCAUACAUGCACUGCCUAACCCAAAGUUUUAUAUAACUUGUUACAUUAGAAAUUCGACGUGGCUGUCGUCAAUUACUCAAGAAGCAACGUUUAUUGCUGUUUAAGUUUAUAUAAAUGUAAAAAGUAAGGUUGAGGUUUCGUGGAAUACGCAGCAUAGCUUUUGUAUGCAAAAUUUUAUUCAAGUUACAGACAUUUUUGAUUUGCACAUACACUUUGUUUCCAUAUCCCGUAGCUUCGUUUUCAUCUAUAUUCUCGCGCCAUAAACCGUGAUAUAAAUUUUGUUUAUGUGUCUUCAGUUUCUAAUAAAGUGCAACAAUUUUACGUUUUAGCACAGUUCUGAUUCUAUACUACAUUUCACAUGGAAGUCUGAAGGCAAGAGCGGUUUGAUUAAUGAGAAAAUGUGACAUUGAUUUUUCUGUAAAUUAACUAAAAAUUUUUACGAAAAAGAAAAAUAUCAACCCGUGAAGCUUUCAUAUUUCUCAUCUCACGCCACGCAUGUUGGUUGAUAUGAAAAAAAAAUCCAUUACCAGACCAGUGGCGUGUUUUUGUCACAUAAAUACGAGAUUUUGAUUGACGCAUAAUAUGCAUGGCGUCCAGUGGCAUGAGAUUUUAAAUAUUCAAGCGAAUUAUCAUGUUUUUGUAAAUGUACACUACCUAUAUAAAUAAUAUAAUUACCUAAUUAAAUAUUUAAGAAUA